AUGUUCCAACUACGGCAUUUUAGGGGUCCCCUACAAAUCUCGGUCCUUUCGAUUACAAGAUGGUCAUCGAUAUCUGUACGACAUAUAUCGUCAACUGAUUGUAAAGAAAGAGCGAUUAUCCAUUGCGCUAUCAAUUUAUUGUUUCCUGGUUUAGGUGAUCGCCGAUACAAUGCAAAAUAUGAAGAAAUUAACCAACAAAUAAACAAGGCUUCUUUGGUGGGGGACAAUAUUCAUGGAACUGCUGUUAAGGACAGUCCUUCACUAUUAAGAUUCAAAUUCAGAGGGAUAGAAAGAGAACAAGAUUCUAUGAAAAAGUUGGUUGACAGAUGCGAGGUUUUAACUGAUCUUAAAAGAGAAUUACCCUCGUCACCCGCGAAGGACUAUAUCGACCCCACCAUAUUAUGCAACGAGUAUAAACCGCAAUUUGAAUCUGAAGACGAAUUCUAUAACGAGGUUUUGGAAUUUGACAAAUUCAACCAUUUGACAAAGUUUAAUCCAUUGAUAUUUUGCAAAAAUUCGUACCAUAUCGAAAGAUGCGCCGAAGUUCUAUUUGAAAAGGAGUGUGAUAGUCAAAAAAUAUCUGUAGCAUUGAGUAAUCUACGAAAAGUUGGAGCCAGGGCUUUGAGAAUAUACUGGCAAACAUAUUUAGAACGAAAUUUAGACUUGAAAAGGUUGAAUUAUUCCACAAUUGUCAAUGCAUCGGGUAUACUCAACAUGUUGAACAUUCGUACGAGAAAUCUCAUUAAACGAAAUUUGCAGACCGAAAUUCAUUACAGCAAUGUCUUUUACCAGUACUUGGGUCUAUUAGUGGUGGAGAAUGGACAAUUAUCACCACACUUUAUUCAUAGUUUGGCGAGGUUCCUCGAAAGCGGCAAAAGACUUGGAAAUACUUACUGGCCUAUGAAGGAGCCUUCACCUGAGCAAGUUGAGGAAGUUGAGGCUACCAUCAUCAAUUUACAGGACGAUAAUGCUAUACUGAAGAAAUUGAUUCAAUUUGCUGAGUACACAUUGAAGUUGAUUGGCAAGAGAACUGAACUACUUCAAGGUCACCUGACACAGAAGAAGUCUUUUAUCGAGAUAGUCAAAGAAUGCUAUCCAGCAUUAAAUGAUGAGACCAAUAUGGCAAAGUUGGGUCACUUGAUGAUCAAAGAUUACAAAAAGUAUGCCCUUGACUUGUUAGGAUUUGAUGAACCAAAGCUUAGCUUUGUAUCGAAACUGCAUUUAAUCAAGGUUUUCACAGCAUCCAAUUUUGAGCUACCCGUGGUUCCCAAUUAUAUUCCACCAAUAAAGUCCCCAUAUCAAAUUCUACCACCCAUUUUGAAUUCCAACUUAAUCAAUAGAAUUCUACUUUUGAGCAAGCAUUUGUAUUUUGGCACUUCAGAAAAUGGAGAAUUUAUGAAACUGACUCUUCGAAACUUUCAACUAUAUGGUGUCAUAUCAUAUUCGUUUUUUACAAGGUUGGCUUUAGAAAGAAUGGAGGCAACGAGCUUGACUACUAAUCAAUUGAGAAAACUUAAUGAAAUUGUCGACAGCCAUUCAUUCAAAUCCUACAUUGUUGAUUUAAUGAAAUUUUUUGAGAAUCAAGAGGACAGAAAAUCGUACAUGAAAAAUAUUGAAAUUUUACUGGUAAACUACUUACUACCAUCAGACCAAUUUCAUCUGAUAUUUGGCUGCUUGUCAGAAAGACAAAAGGAACGUUGGUGCAAUGACUUGAUCACAAAGAUUGUCACCGUGAUGAUGCAAUUGAAUUGGCAAUACAUUGAUGAUUUCCUUGUCGAAUUGAGAUCUCAGUUGUUGAAACGAAAGGAAUACUUCAACUCAGUACCAGAUAAAGCCCCACAUACAAGCAAUAGCAUACUUCUAGAAGAUUCACAAAAUGGACCCGUAAUUGCUUCCGAAAUGGAAACGUCACUUUACUACAAUUUGACAAUGGAAUAUUUAUCCUACUUGAAUAUAAAACACCACAUCGGCCAACCAAUUGGGUUUCAUAAAUGGUGGCUGGGGGUAUUUGAGGAGAAACUUCUACGAACGUAUGGAUUUGACAACGUGGCCCGCAUUGGAUAUUUAUUGGAUGAUGUAGCGAAUGAAUCAAUUGGAAUGGAUGUGGUUAAAGAGUUUUCAACUAGGAAAGAGGCUAUCGACAAAUCUUUCAUGGGUGCUUAUAUUAACAACAAGUUGAAGUUUCGUCUUGGUAUACCAACAGGUCCAUUUUGGAACUAUGUAUGGAGUCAGUUGCAACCGCCAAAGCUCAAUUUUGAAUCCACAAUCAACAAGUUUCUUUUGAUGAAUUACAAAAUAGCACCUCAAUUUUUCGCUAAAACUGGACUAAAGCAGUUACAAAUUCUUGAUACGAUUUAUAUCCAUGGUGAACUCGGCAAGAGAUACUACAGAUUUAUAAUUCUAUUUUCUUUAACCAAGUCAAAGUUGCCGCCUGCUACACUAGAGGCUGUGCUCAACCUCUUCAUUGAUAAAAGGUUUAAAAAAAGGUUAAAUUAUGUGACAGGAGCGCUGAAUCCAUUCAUGGGAGAUUUUAAAAUGAACCACAUCUAUCAUACAUUAAUGGCUGAAUACAUGACAUCAGAAUUUCACGAUCUUACUUUUCAUAAUCAGAUUUUUCAUCAAUUCAUAGCCAUGCAACUUGCCCAAAACGAGAUGGACUUGGUUAAUUGGAUCAAGGGGUUGAUUGAACCUUUAAUUAAACAGUUGGAAGGAUGCAAUGAUGAGUAUGAUAGACAGGCUGUUCUAUUCAAAUUUGAGCGAGCGUAUCAGUAG